AUGUCGCUGAGGUCGAAAGAGAAGCAGCUGCGGCUGUUGCGGGAGAAGCUGUUGUUGCGGCCCGAGGGUCGCGACGACGUGAUCUCCGUGCGUGCUUGCUGCAAGGCUGUUUUGCAGAAGUGUGGUAUCCAGCACUGCACGAUACCCCUGUGGACCAUGGCCACUGCUUGCGAAGGGUUCUUCUGCGAAAAGGAGAAGCCCCCGGCCGGAUGGAAGGAGAUAGAUCCAGCACAGCUACCAUCUCCGAAGUCCUGGCGCUGGGUGUUGCUCAUGGAGCCGCAAGAGAAGCGGACAUUGGCGCGCCAAGUGGAUGCAGCCAUGGGCGUGGUGCACGACCUGAUCCACGAGAACGGAGCCUUAGAGUCAGAUGCCCCUGUCCGGCAGCUUCUGACGGAAGUCUUGUUCACGUUAGACAACGUGGGACUCCUCACCUCGGAGGUUUACCGCCUCGAUAGCUGCCUUGGAUUCUUGGGGGGCUCGAUCACAGCCGGGAGAGCACGCAUGAAGCGACGCAGUGCGGCGCGCGAGAACAGGGACAAGAGGUUGCUCGAAGCCAUGACUGCAGGAGGCUUGUCUGCGCGGGCCGCGCAUAAGGUGUGGAACAUUUUCCGCCCGAACAAAAGAGACCAAGUUGGAUGGUCCACAGUACAGAGGCGCAUCAGGCAAGAGACCACGCCGUUCCGGGACUGCUUCGAUGUGGUUCAACUACCAGGCAGCAGCGCCUCUAUGUGCGUGGCGAAUCUGCCGAAAGUCCUGCGCAUGGUGGCGGACAAGAGCCCAGCGCUGACGCAGUAUCUGUUGGACGGCUCUGAGCGGCAGCCGCUGCAGCCCGUUCUCUACCACGACGACGCGCAAGCUGGCAACAUCCUGUCUUGGCACAAGAGAAAAAAGGCGACCCUCUUUGCGUUGAGCUUCGAUGCCUGGCUGCCACUUUGGGGCACAGAAGGAACUUGGCUGCCUGUUGGCUUUUUGGCCAAAAGCGAGUUGGACAAAUCGCUUGGGCUUGGAAGUGCUGUAGCUACGGCUCUGAAGCACGUGCACAAUGCCUGCAUGGGUGGCGUAGACGUGGGGGGACGGACUGAGCUCCGCAUCGCCUCGCAGUGGCGCAUGCUCUGCGACGGAGACGCCGUGCGGGCUUCUUUCGAUCUGAAAGGAGCAGCUGGCCUCCGUUGCUGCUAUCGGUGCAGCAACGUGCUCAAGCUCGGCGCCGGCGUUUCCGACGAGGCGUUUGUGGAGAUCAGCUCGUUCCGAAAAGACGUCUUUGUCCGGGUCACCGACGCCGACCUCUUUCUGCAGGCUGACACUCUGUCAGAAUUGAAGAAGAAAAAAGACAUCGAGGUGUACGAAAAGAGCGCGGGCAUUCGCAAGGCGCCCGCCGGUAUGUUAACAGACCGCCUGGCGCGCUUGCUCCUCCCACCCAGCCGCUCUGUUGUGGAUGUGAUGCACUUAUACUUCUGCAACGGUUGUGCCAGCUGGGAGCUCGCCCUGUGCUGGAACGCCGUACAAGAGCAGCUGCCUGCCUUGACCCUGGAGUCGUUGCGGGAGUGCUGCGAAGCCAGGGCAUGGCGCAGACCGGGCCAAGUCAGUCUAAGACAAACAGGGUUCAAGGAUCUGUUUGACGGGCGCAGUUGGCACAAGGACGAAUUCUGUGGCACAGCCACCUAUACACGAAUCAUGGUGCCCCUCUUGCAGUACUACUUGGAAACAUUCGUGGCGCGCAGAAACCUCUGUGCCAAAGAGCUGGAAUCAUUCAAACUCUUGGCCUGGGUUUGCAGGGAAAUCAACUGGCAGAGGCAUCGCUGGAGACGCAUUGAGCAGCACUCAGAAGUUGCUGCGCUGGAGGCACUGUCAUACGCGCACCAAAAAGCCUUCGUAGAAUGCUAUGGCUCGGAAGCAUGCAAGCCAAAGCACCACUGGCGGCUGCACGUGGCUGAGUGGUCGCUCGCGUUGAGCGCUCUCCCUUUCUGCGAUACCCACGAAGCCAAGCAUCGUUGCUACAAGUCUGGGGGCGCAGCGGGGCGCGGGGCACACUUAGUCCAUAAGCCACAUAUACAGAGCCUCAAUAUAGUGGGCCACCUGUGGCGGCACAGCGUAGCUCGGAUGGAACAGACAGACAUGACUCCGUGGAAAUUGCAUGACCCAGUCCACCAUGCCGAGCGCAGUCUGCGAGAUGCCAUGGACCUCAAGAUCCUGCAAGCAUCCAAGGGUCUAAGGAUCUUUGGCCUCGAUGUCUACCACGGUGACAUCAUAUUGCUGGACGCAGGAGCGUGA